AUGGCACCGGGCCUGGUGACGCCUGGAGUGCCUAGCAGCGUGCUGCCGGGCCAUGAUGAGGGGGUGUACGUCUCCAUCGACAACGCGCAGGACAGCGACUUCACCGUGGUCACCAUUUCUGGCUUCAACAGGCCAGGACUUCUCACUUCUAUCUCUGGGACAUUCCGCGACUUGGGAUUGGAUGUAGGCAAGGCUGAAGUGGAUGGGAGCAACGGGCGCGUCUUGGACAAGUUCUUCAUUACUGCGCUUGGUGGCGGCAAAGUCACGGACCCGAAGGACAUCGACAAGCUGCGUGCCUCGCUAGAAAGACUGGCGAACACAUCGGGGCGCAUUCUAGCCCGUGUCAGCUCAGGGAAGCGUCCGCUUGUCGGUGAUGGCAUUGCCGACACCGCCGCCCACAAUAAAACCCUACUAUACAAUCUGAAGGACACCUACAUCAAGAACGAUGUGCUGAGCAUCGAGGAGUCUAUCGUGAACCACGUGGAGUACACGCUGGCCAGGAGCCGCAACAGCUUUGACAACCAGGAGGCGUACCAGGCCACCGCGCUCAGCCUGAGGGACCGUUUAAUAGAGUCCUGGAACGACACCCAGCAGUACUUCAAGGACGUGGACGCGAAGCGCGUGUACUACCUGAGCAUGGAGUUCCUGAUGGGCCGCUCGCUGCUGAACGCGCUGAACAACCUGGGCGUGGUGGAUCAGUACACAGAGGCGCUGCGCGAGAUGGGGUACCAGCUGGAAGACCUCAUCCAGAAGGAGCGUGACGCCGCCCUCGGCAACGGCGGCCUCGGCCGGCUGGCCGCCUGCUUCCUGGACUCCAUGGCCACGCUCUCGCUGCCCGCCUGGGGCUACGGCAUCCGCUACCAGUACGGCAUGUUCCGCCAGACCAUAGUGGACGGAUUCCAGCACGAGCAGCCGGAUUACUGGCUGAACUUCGGCAACCCCUGGGAGAUCGAGCGCCUGAACGUGGGCUACCCCAUCAACUUCUACGGCCACGUGUCUGUCCAUGAGGAGGAGGGCCGCCAGGUGUUCAGAUGGAACCCCGGCGAGACGGUGGCGGCUAUCGCCUACGACAACCCCAUCCCAGGGUUCCAAACCAACAACACAAUCAACCUGCGCCUGUGGGCCGCCAAGCCCGGGCAGGAGUUUGACCUGGAGGCCUUCAACACCGGUGACUAUGUUCAGGCGAUUCUGUCAAGGCAGCGCGCUGAGACGCUGUCAUCCGUGCUGUACCCAGACGACCGCACCUACCAGGGCAAGGAGCUGCGCCUCAAACAGCAGAACUUCUUCGUCUCUGCCACAAUACAGGAUGUGGUGAGGCGGUACAAGGAGACGCACGACACGUUUGACGCGUUCCCGGACAAGGUGGCCUUCCAGCUGAACGACACGCAUCCGACCAUCGCGGUGCCCGAGCUCAUGCGCGUGCUCAUGGACGACAAUAAGAUGGGCUGGACCAAGGCCUGGGAGAUCACUAACAAGGUGUUUGCGUUUACGAACCACACGGUGCUGCCGGAGGCGCUGGAGAAGUGGCCGGUGAGCCUUCUGGAGAAGCUGCUGCCGCGGCACAUGCAGAUCAUCUUUGACAUCAACUGGCGCUUCCUGCAGCAGCUGCGCGCGGAGCUGGGCGACGACUGGGACCGCAUUGGCCGCAUGUCCAUUAUCGAGGACGGCUCCGGCGGCGAAAAGUAUGUGAGGAUGGCGUACUUGGCGGUUGUGGCGAGCCAUACUGUGAACGGGGUGGCGGCCAUCCACUCGGACAUCAUCAAGGAAACCAUCUUCAAGGAGUUUGCCGACCUGUGGCCGCAGAAGUUCCAGAACAAGACCAACGGCGUCACCCCCCGCCGCUGGCUCGCUUUCUGCAACGCCCCCCUGCGCGCCCUCAUCACCGACACACUCGGCAGCGAGGCCUGGAUCAACCACCUCGACGCCCUCCAGGGGUUGCGGGCGCAUGCAGAUGACCCAGAGUUCCAGCAGAAGUGGGCGGACGUGAAGGCCAUUGCAAAGUCCAAGGCCAUAGCACACAUCAGGGACAUAACCGGCGUGCAGAUCUCUGACCACGUCAUGCUGGACAUCCAGGUGAAGAGGAUACACGAGUACAAGAGGCAGCUGCUGAAUGUGUUCGGCAUCAUCUGGCGCUACGAUCAGAUCAAAAAGAUGUCUCCCGACCAGCGCGCACAGGUGGUGCCGCGCGUGUGCGUGAUUGGCGGCAAGGCGGCACCCGGGUAUGAGAUGGCCAAGCGCAUCAUCAAGCUGAUCAGCGCGGUGGGCAACAAGAUCAAUUCCGACCCAGACGUCGGCGACCUGCUGAAGCUCGUCUUCGUGCCCGACUACAAUGUGUCCCUCGCUGAGGUCAUCAUCCCAGGGUGUGAGCUGAGCCAGCACAUCAGCACGGCGGGCACGGAGGCGUCGGGCACUUCCAACAUGAAGUUCGCCAUGAACGGCUCGCUCAUCAUCGGGACCAUGGACGGCGCCAACGUGGAGAUUGCGGAGGAGAUUGGCGAGGACAACAUGUUCAUAUUUGGCGUUCUCACGCCAGAAGUCCAGCGCCUGCGCCAGGAGCGCCGCAAUUUCAAGCCGGACUCGCGUUUUGAGCACGUGGUGGGUCUGAUCAGAAAGGGCGUGUUUGGGUGGGCGGACUUCUUUGAGCCGCUGGUCGACUCUGUCACGUCCGGCGGUGACUACUACCUGCUCGCCAAUGACUUCCCCUCCUACAUCGACGCCCAGGCAAAGGUGGAUGAGGUGUACAAGGACAAGGCAAGGUGGACGCGCAUGUCCAUCAUGUCGACAGCCGGAUCCGGCAAGUUCUCGUCCGACCGCACCAUCCAGCAAUAUGCAGAGGAGAUCUGGCACGUGGAGCCCUGCCAAGUUCCUGCUGCAGAGGACGAGCAGAAGUGAGAGAACCACGCCGAAACGCAUGCUCCUGAAUUUAUUAGGUGUGACAGUUCAAGGGUUGUCCAUCCAUCAUCUGUACAACCCAAUGUGCAGCCUGCGCAUUGAUGGUCUGCGUGAGAGUGACAAUGUUUGAGUUCAAGAAGUGAUGAGCAGAAUGAGAGAUGUGAGAAAUCACAAGUGUGGCGCUUGUUGCCAUCACUUUUUGAGGGCAAUGUCUUCAAGAUAUUAGCUUUCUUCAGGCGAGUUUGAGUACCAGUAAUGGUAGCAAGAUGGCUGCAGCAUUAUAUUGCUGAAACGCUGACCAUGCAAGUAGCAGAUUGUGGUUUGUGUUCACAGUCACAGCAAUGGGGCCUCGAAUUCUCAGAAGAUUUGUGAUUGGUGAACGCCAUACCUUUAUGUAAUAGAAAAUGUGUAACGUU